AUGACAAUAUCGAAUGGCUUGGAUUCAAACAUCUCCCUUCUCUCUCGUAUCAGCUCAGAUGGACCGAGGCAAUCAAAUCAAAUCAAACUGUUACUCACCUCAACCAGUCAAAGCUGUCUUGUUAGAGUAAAUCACUCAGUACCACUACGGGAAUUCAUCGAAACCUUUUUAAGUUAUCAUCCUGCUACACAGUUCCCUCCAGUCAAACAUCAUACCUCAAAACACGAUUCACUUUAUCUUGAAGAUGUUGAAGUUGCAGCAGAUUGGUUUAAAAUGAAUAUAGAUCAUUAUCCUCAAAAUGUUGAUAAGAAAUUAGAAUCAGAACAUCUUUCCAUUGUAAUGACUUUUAUAGUUACCAUCAUGUUACCGAUUGAGCUUAUUGAAUUACGUUUGAUUCUUUUAAAGUCUUCAAUCUUUGAAAGAUUUGAUCGAUCAAUGCAAAUUCUUUUAAAAUUACAAAUCGUUUCUUCAUAUAUUUCUAUUGGAGAACUUCCAAAUGCCAAGAUCUUUCUCAACAAGAUGGUUUCACGAUCAAACAAAUCUUCGAAUAUUCCUGAAUUCAAAACUCUUCAAGAUUGUCUUUCAAAUGUUAAACUAGAAUUGCCGGUUUCAGAAUUUCCGCCGGAAAGCAAUAGUAGACAGAUUACCAGUAGUCCAGGCAUCAUUGAUAGCUUUGUAGAUGAGGUUCAUGAUGUGAAAAUUGAAGAAGAUGAGAUUGACACAAAGCCUAGUUCAGAUCAAAUCCACACUCCUGCUCAGUCCUCAAAGAACCGAUAUGGUACUCCAGAUGAUAAGCCAUCACUUAACACUAUAUCAAACAGCUUUGCUAGUCAGGGUCCGAUUGUGAUAAGUGAUGACGAUGAUACAAAACCCGACUUAAAUCUGAUUCAAGGUCCUAGGCGAUCUUCCAGAAAGCGACAUGUUACUUCAAAUGAUGUUAAACCUUCAAUCGACACUAUAUCCCAGCGUUCUAAACAAUCCUCCAGGAAGCGACGUGGUACUUUAGAUGAUGAAGACGCUUCAGUAAACACUGCAUCCCACAGUUUAUCUAAUCAGAAUGAGGUUAUGGAAAUUGAUGAUGAUUUAAGCGAUUCAAAACCUUUCAAAAAGCAGACAAAACGUUCUAAUCAAUCCACCAAAAAGCGACGUGUCACUCCCGAUGAUGAAGACGCUUUAAUCAACACUACAUCCAACAGUUUAUCUAAUCAGAAUGAGGUUAUGGAAAUUGAUGAAGAUUUAAGUGAUUCAAAACCUCUCAAAAAGCAGAAGAAACGUCCUAAGCAAUCCUCCAAGAAGCGACGUGUUACUUCCGAAAAUGACGAAGCUUUAAUCAACACUACAUCAAACGGUCUCUCUGGUCAGAAUGAUGUUAUGAUGAUUGAUGAAGAUACAAUUGAUUCAAAACCUCGGAAAAAGCAGAUCCAACGAGCAAAGGAGCGUAUCUUAAUGAAGAAACGACACUCUUCAAAUAAUAACAAUAGACCUAAACUCAAUGAUAUAAUUAGUCGAAUGUCUGAGCUUAUGGAAGAACUACAAAAGUCAAAAGGUGUCUCUAAAGAUGAGUGCAAAGAAAUGUUGAAAACACUUGAUGAUAGACGUUACAAGAUUCGAGCCGCCAGAGUUACCAAAAAAAAUACUGAAGUCAAAGAUAGUGAUUUUUAUAUGGGCACUUAUCGAGUCUAUCGAGAAUGGUGUGCUGAGCAUCGAUUUUCUGAACUUCCAAUCACAUUUGACAAAGUUUUUUUAUGGGCUGAAUUAUCUUUAAGAUCAUAUGCAGUUCAUGAUCUUAAAAUGGAGCGUAGGAUUAGAGAAUUAGAUUGGUUUAGAGGUCAAACGAUUUCUAUGGGAUCUGAUAAACGUUCUUUCUGGCCGGAUUCAUUUUGGAUAAAGUAUUUUGAUGAUGAACGAUUUCCUCAUUUCUUCUUAACCAAAUGUGACUUUCCUCGUAGGACCGCUUAUCCUAGAGAUAAUUUAGAACUAAACAAUUCAUAUCCAGCACCCAUGCCACCUCAACGCCAAAGACCACAAGCUUCGUCACCUCGACCUUCCACCAGUCAAAGCCCUCAAAGACGUCUCAAGUCCGAAAGUAGAUCAGUUAGUUGUGAAUUGAUUCCUGAUGUGGUGAUUUUGGAUGAUCAACACUCUCCAGAACCAAUAGAUUCAAAAAUUACACUUGAGAGUGAUCGUGAAAGCCGUCAAGAUAUGGAAGAAGCAAAAUAUUUAAUAUCUGCUGAUACUGUGCCCGAACCAAUCAAUAAAAUCGACUAUGAAUCUCUCAGAAAACCAAAACAUAUUAGUAAGCAAAGGUCAGCCAUUAUCAAACAACUUCAAUGGGAGUCUCAAGGUGUGAUUGUUAAACAUGAGUUAUUUGCGAAUGCGUUUUGGAAAUACAAGAUAGAUGGAAUCACACCACUUGAGAAAUUUGGAAAAAGAGAAGAGAGUAGAAGAGUAUUGAAUCUUUACCUUGAAUACUGUGAAAGAAAUCAAAUCAUGGCUUUACCAUUUACAAACAUCAAAAUCAAUUUAUUUUUUAUUCAAGACCUUCAUCAUUUAGCUUCAUCAACCACAAGAAAUUAUUUAAGAUAUUUAUGUCACACGAUUGAGAUUAUCAAGAUUAUCAUACCUCAUUUGGCUGGUGAUUCGAUUGAUAUAGAUGAAAUUAGAGGAAGCAAACUUUGGAAAAGAUGGUUAGCUGAAAGAGAAGAGUAUGAUCAAUCAAAAAAAUCUGGCAAUCAUCCUUCUCAAUGAUGUAUGUAUUGGUGAAAAUUAUUGGUUGUACUUGUAGUCUGAUUAGUCUUUGGUCUCUGAUGGAAUUCUUUGAUCAACUUUGCUUAAAUUGUUUUCUUAUUGGAAGUCGUCACGUUUGCUCAGAAUAAUUAAAAAUUGUGAUUCAU